CACAACGAGGUGGGUCAGUACAGGCACUUCCUACGGUCCCUCGCGGCGUGGGAGGCGGAGCGGAGGGGCGUGUCCUGCGGAGUCCUUUGUGAGAUGAUCCCCCCACACUCCCUCGCCGUCAGCUGCGAUCAGCACUUCACGCUCGUCCUGCCAGAGUUGCGGGAGCUCGGCUACACGGCGACCAAUAUGCCUACAGGUCUGGACGAGGACCAGAUCAUGGUGGUGGUGAAGAACAUCGGGUGCUUCCAUGGGUCCGUGGUCGCCUUCAAGACAAUCACUGGCGUCAACCUCGAGGAGGCUUUCCCCAAGUGCUUCCUGCAGACUAGUCCGGACAGCCCGCUCUUUUCCACGUUUACGCAAGCAGGGUUUGAUAAGCUGAAGGAGGAGUGGGCAGGCGACCCCAGCCGGGCACAGAUGCUGGAGAUGCUGGAGCCCUACGAGACACACGCAGCGCCCUUCAUCACCAGCGGCCUGCAGCCCAAGGAACCCUUCGCCACGGCCAUCCACGGCGACCUGCAGCCCUCCAACCUCUUCUUCAAGGAGAAGACCGACGGGGAGCACACUAUAAAAGUGAUUGACUGGGCACUGGCACGGUACUCCCAGGGCCCCUACGACCUGGUUUACCUCAUGCACAUGGGCGUCAACAAGGACACGAGGCGGAAGGUCAUGUCUUCGGCCACGGAGGAAUAUUAUAAGGCUUUUAACGAGGCACUCACCGACCUGGGCGCUGGGAUGACCUACCCGAGACACGUGUUCGAGGAGCAGCUCACCCUCGGGAAAGAACUGAUGAUCAUCUGGGGCAUCUCCUCGAUCAACCUGUUCUCCUGCACCCUCAACCUCAAGGAACGACUCCACGCCCUUGUCGCUGACCUCCUGCACGACCCGGAUGUAAAGCCUCCUCGACCUCCCUUUGUGACAUGAAACCUACGUCGAAACCUUACGCUUCUUCAUUCAUCCUAAUUCAUUACAUUUCUUUUGUAUUGUUAUUGUUCUGAUCUCUCCUGCCGUAUCUCCUCUGUCUUCCUCCUCUUCGCCAGACACCCAAGGGCAUCAUCAUCAUGAGUCUGUGGUCCUCAUCAUGUCAAUGUUUUGUUCAUUAACAUGGAGAACGUUCACUCCUUUUUAUAUUAUUCACAACAACUCUUAAGGUACGGCAGCUCAUUCUGUAUAAUGACUGUAAUUUGAUAAGAUUCCGAGAUGUUAAAACAUUCCUAUUAACAUGCCCAAUAUCAGAACUGGGAAAUAAUAAAUACGGUGUAUAUAUGUGCCCAAUAUAGAAUUAGAAUAUACAUACAUAUAAAUAUAUAUAUAUA